AUGUCAAUACUCAUCGUUGGUUCAACAGGAACAGUUGGUAAGGAAGUUCUCCGUGCAUUGAAUGAAAAGGCAUCUCCCUCUUCCAAGAUUUCAGUCAAACUCCUAACAAGAAACAAAGACAAGGCAAGUGAAGUUUUGAAAUUAUACGAAAAUUUGGAGGGAAAAAUAGUGGAAGGAGAUUUGAAUGAUUUGGAAACUGUUAAUAUUGAUGAAUUAUAUGAGAAUGUGGAGAGAAUGUUUUUAUUGACCAUUUCAUCACCAUUUCAAGCUAGAAGUGAACACGGAUUUGUAAAUCUUGCUGUUAAAUAUUGUAAACAUUUACAACAAAUUGUAAGAGUUUCAGCAUUGGGAAAUAGUCCAGAAAGAGAUAUCAAUUGUUUGAUGAGAUGGCACAAUGAUUCUGAGAGAGCAGUUCAGAGAUUGGUCGAACAUUCGAAAGUGAAAUUGACAAUUUUGAGACCUAAUUUGUUUUUACAAAAUUUCCUCACACAAGAUUUACAAACAAUCAAAUCUCAAGGUUGUUUCUAUAGAGUUAAACAUGAUUUAGGGGAUGGUUAUCAUAUUAGUCAUGUAGAUGUUAGAGAUAUUGGUGAUUUGAGUGCAGUUGUCUUGACAGAAAAUCCAGAAAAACAUGCAGGUCAAUCGUACAAUAUUACUGGACCAGAUACAUUCACCUACGAUCAAUUGGCACAAGUUUUAACACAAGCCAUUGGUAAGGAAGUUAAACAUGUUCCAAUUAGUGAAGAUCAAUUCGCAGAAAACUUUAAGCAAGUUCCAUCAUUUGUCAUUUGGAUGUUAGUUAAAUUAUAUCAAAUGUAUAAGAUUGAGGGAAUUACUGCAAAUAUUUGUGGAGAUUUCAAGAUUGUAACUGGUAAGAAUCCUCGUUCUGCAUUGCAAUUCUUUGUUGAUCAUGCAGAUCAAUUUAAAUAG